CCCCAUUCACCCCUCCACCACUGGGUCUUUCGCCCCCCCCAGUGACGUCACACGGCUUGUCCCCCUCCCAACAGGCAGGAAAAAGAAAGAGGAGAGCAAAGACCCACAGAUUCGUGCAUGUGAGAGCGUGAGCGCGCCUGUGAGUGACGGCGCGUCGGACAGGAGAAGACGAGAAGAAGUAUUAGAAGAAAGGGACUAAGAAGAGAAGACAAACAAAAAGAAGAAGAAGAAGAGUUGAAAAGGGGUACAAAAAAAGUGCGGGAGGAGUUGAUCUCGACUUUUCUCCUCCAGCUGCCGACCGAACAGAACCGAAGUGGAAAGAGAAGAACAUGGACGCUUCAACUUUGCUGCUGCUCUCGUUACACAUGACGGCCGCACUCAAAGCAUGUCUUUUCGGUCACGGUCCUGACUGCAGUCUGGUCCAGUCCAAAGAAGAGGACUUGGACUGGGAGCAAGGAGACCCUCAGGACAGAGCGGCGGGCGAGCAGUGGUUCCCUACAGGCUCCUCCCCUUACCUGUACGUGAACACGACGGGUCGCUAUAGCGGCCAACGCGCCCAUCUGCUGCUGCCGCCACUCAAAGAGAACGACACGCACUGCAUCAACUUCAUGUUCUAUCAGGUGGCAGAGCGUGAGGGAGCCAUGGCAGCCACGCUGAACAUCUACGUCAAAGAGAACAACAGUCCUCUGGGUAUUCCUGUCUUUAACUCGUCUGGCCCCGCCCAACACACCUGGAAAGGGGUGGAGCUUGCUGUGUCCACCUUCUGGCCUAAUUACUACCAGGUUGUGUUCGAGGCUGUCAGCAGCGGGCACAGAGGGGGCGUGGCCAUCAGAGACAUCACACUGCAGGGACACCAGUGCAUGAGCACGCCUCACUUCUUGCACAUCAAAGGUGUGGAAGUGAACGCGGGACAGACGGCCAUGUUUGCGUGCACCGUCAACGGACGCCCUCAGAGCAAUGUGCAACUCUUCCUGCAGGGUAUGAACGGCCGUCAAGCCAUCGUCAGGGAAACCAAGCCUGUCAACUCGCGCCGUUACGUAGCCACCUUCGACGUGGACAACACCACCAAAGGCGACUCCGGACGCUAUCGAUGCAUCGGCCAAUCGGAUCGCGGCGUAGGCGUUUCCUCGUACGCUGACCUCACUGUCAAACAGCCGCCAGUCCCCAUCGCCCCCCCUCAGCUAACAGCAGUGGGUGCCACAUACCUGUGGAUCCAACUCAACGCCAACUCCAUCAAUGGAGACGGUCCAAUUAUAGAGAGAGAGGUGGAAUACCGCACCAUGGCGGGCAUGUUGAUUGACACCACACCUGUGGACAAGCCCACCCACAAGAUCGGACACCUGGACCCUGACACGGAGUACGAGAUCAGCGUUCUGCUCACCAGACCCCUGGAGGGAGGCACAGGGAACCCCGGGCCACCUCUGCGGGCUCGCACAAAGUGUGCAGACCCGAUGCACGGCCCACGUCACCUCCAAGUGGUGGAUGUGCGCGCCAAAGAGGUGACGCUCCAAUGGGAAUCUUUCGGCUACAGUGUGACCCGCUGUCACAGCUACAACCUAACAGUGCAGUACCGCUACAGGCCUGCAGGGGCUUCUGCCAGAGAUCCGGCAAAGGAGGAAGUGCUAGAGGAAGUGGCAUACGACUCACGAGGCGUCCCGCCACAGCACACUGUGCGAAACCUGCCGCCAUUCACAAACGUUAGCAUGAAACUUGUCCUUAGUAACCCCGAAGGACGCAAAGAGAGCGAGGAGCUGCUGGUGCUGACAGACGAGGACGUUCCCGGAGCAGUUCCAUUGGAGUCCAUUGUGGGCAGCACCUACGAGCAGCACAUCAGUGUGAGCUGGUCAGAACCGGUGCACACGUACGGUCGCAUCCGGCACUACGAGAUCUCCUUCAAAGCCCUGAGUUCCUUCGAUUCGGACUUGGACCUGACAAACCAGAGCGGGAAGGUGCUUAAAGAGGCCAAUGAGACAAGUCAUGUCUUCACCGGCCUCUUCCCGGGCUCUACUUACUCCUUUACAAUAAGAGCGUCCACCGUCAAAGGCUUUGGGCCGCCGGCCGUCACUCAGUUCACCACCAAGAUCCAAGCUCCUGUGAUGCCCGCCUACGAGAUGCAGUCUCCUCUCAACCAGACCGAGUCCACCGUCACCGUCCUGCUCAGACCUGCGCGGAGCCGCGGCGCCCCCGUCAGUAAAUACCAGGUGGUGGUGGAGGAAGAGCGCCCCCGCAGGCAAAGAAGGGGUACUGCAGAGAUCUUACGCUGCUACCCUGUGCCGAUCCACUUCCAGAAUGCCACGCUGCUAAACUCGCAGUACUAUUUCAGUGCGGAGUUGCCCGUCAGCCAGCUUAGGACGCCGGCGCCAUUUUGUGUCGGUGACAACGGGACUUACGGUGGCUUCUGGAACGCUCCUCUGCUGCCUCACAAGAGUUAUGCCAUCUACUAUCAGGCCGUCAGCAGUGCUAACGGAGAGACAAAGAUUGACUGCGUCCGUGUGGCCACCAAAGCUGCUAUCAUCAGCACGCAGCUCAGCACGCCACACGCCGGCCUCGCCCCUGCGGCUGGCGACAAGCAGCUCGCAGGCGCCGCCACUAGGAAACCAGAACCGGAUCAGGAGAAACAAUCUGACCACACAGUGAAGAUCGCCGGCGCCAUGGCAGGCGUCCUGCUCUUCAUCAUCAUCUUCCUCGGAGUUAUCCUGCUCAUGAAGAAACGGAAGCUGACAAAGAAAAGGAAGGAAACUCUGAGCUCCAGACAGGAAAUGACUCUGAUGGUCAACAAUUCACAGCACACAAUGGUGGACACACACAGUCACACUCUGAACGGACACUCAGUGUCGUCUGCGUCGUCCUUCACCAUGAAGACAAACAGCAGCACCAUUCCGAAGUCGUAUUAUCCAGACGAGUUUGUGCCGACCGCCAUUCUGGAUGACAGCCACACCAUGACCAGCGAGACCAGCAGCCUGGUCCAGAACCACUUCAAACAGCGCGACCCAGACCGCGAGCCGCCACCCUACCACACGGCCCAGCUGCACCCCGCCAUCCGGGUGGCCGACCUUUUGCAGCACAUCACGCAGAUGAAGUGUGCUGAGGGUUACGGCUUUAAAGAGGAGUAUGAAAGUUUCUUCGAGGGUCAAUCAGCUCCAUGGGACUCGGCCAAAAAAGACGAGAACCGAAUGAAGAAUCGUUACGGCAACAUCAUCGCCUACGACCACUCUCGCGUGCGUCUGCAGCCUCAAGAUGGAGAGAAGGGAUCUGACUACAUCAAUGCCAACUAUGUCGACGGAUACCACCGACCCAAUCACUACAUCGCCACGCAAGGUCCCAUGCAGGAGACCAUGUACGAUUUUUGGCGAAUGGUGUGGCAGGAAAAUACGGCUGCGAUCGUCAUGGUAACCAAUCUGGUGGAGGUGGGACGGGUGAAGUGCUGCAAGUACUGGCCUGACGACACAGAGAUCUACGGCGACACCAAGGUGACGCUCAUCGAAACCCAGUUGCUGUCCGAAUACGUCAUCCGCACCUUUGCUGUGGAGAAGGUACUGCUCCAAAUAAUCACCCGCUCAGAAGGGGGUGUUCCCCGCCAGAUCGUUAAUCAAUCCCGUUUCGCUCAGAGGGGCGUGGCCGAGAUCCGAGAGAUCCGUCAGUUUCACUUCACCGGCUGGCCCGAUCAUGGCGUUCCGCUCCACGCCACCGGCCUGCUGGGAUUCAUCCGCCGCGUCAAAGCCAAGACUCCUCCCACUGCCGGGCCCACUGUGGUGCACUGCAGUGCGGGGGCAGGGCGCACAGGUUGUUUCAUCGUCAUUGACAUCAUGCUGGACAUGGCGGAGAGAGAGGGUGUGGUGGACAUCUACAACUGUGUACGGGAGCUGAGAGCACGAAGGGUUAACAUGGUUCAGACUGAGGAGCAGUACGUCUUCAUCCAUGACGCCAUUUUGGAGGCGUGUCUGUGCGGCGACACGUCCAUCCCGGCCAAUCAGCUUCGCUCUGUUUACUACGACAUGAACCGACUGGACCCUCAGACCAACUCAAGUCCCAUCAAGGAGGAGUUCAGGACUCUCAACAUGGUGACGCCAACGCUGCGCGUCGAGGACUGCAGCAUCGCCCUGUUGCCGCGCAAUCACGACAAGAACCGCUGCAUGGACGUUCUACCGCCCGAUCGCUGCCUGCCGUUCCUCAUCACUAUGGACGGCGAGAGCUCCAACUACAUCAACGCAGCCCUCAUGGAUAGCUACAAGCAGCCGUCUGCCUUCAUCGUUACCCAGCAUCCUUUGCCCAACACUGUCAAGGACUUCUGGCGUUUGGUCCUGGACUACCACUGCACUGCUAUCGUCAUGCUCAACGACGUGGACCCAGCACAGCUGUGUCCUCAGUACUGGCCCGAAAACGGCGUCCACCGGCUGGGCUCACUACAGGUGGAGUUUGUGUCAGCUGACCUGGAGGAGGACGUCAUCAGUCGCAUCUUCAGAAUCUACAACAACGCCAGGCCACAAGACGGGUACCGCAUGGUCCAACAGUUCCAGUUCCUGGGGUGGCCCAUGUACCGGGACACGCCUGUCAACAAGCGCUCCUUUCUCAAGCUGCUCUAUCUGGUGGACAAGUGGCAGGACGACUACGAUGGCGGCGACGGGCGCACCCUUGUGCACUGUCUGAAUGGCGGCGGCCGCAGUGGCGUGUUCUGCAGUGUCAACAUUGUGUGCGAGAUGCUACGACAACAACGUUGUGUUGAUGUUUUCCAUGCAGUUAAGACACUCAGGAACAAUAAACCCAACAUGGUGGACCUCCUGGAACAAUACAAGUUUUGUUACGAAGUCGCUCUGGAGUAUUUGGCCUCUGCUUAGGGAACAACGCAGCUUCAUCCUCCUCAUUGAGAUGAGGAGCACCACUACUGACAAUGACAAGGGAUGAAGUGGAGGACAAUGUUUUUGCACUGUCUUGGUGGACCAACUGCAAGCAUGGACGCACACUCAUGGACAACAUGUGUCAUUUUUGUCUUAGCUGUUUUUUACGUUAAUGCAUCCUUAUGCUUUGCACUUUCACGUGCGAGUGGCGCAUCCAUGCAAACUUUGCUGACUCACCCAUGGUCUCUUCCUGUUUGUCCAGAUGAUGUAAAUGUUCCCAGAUAUCAUGAAAAGUGAAGUUAUUCAUUCAUGUGUGUGUUAAAGCAACAUGUGGUUUCAUGCAGAUUGCACCUGUAGUGGGAGGGCAAGGUCUGUCUGUUGUCAUGACGACACAAUGUGUCAAGUAAGACCACACCGAUGGACUGUAUUGUGUUUUUGUUUUUUAUGGUUAAAAAAAAUGCCAAAAGUUGUCAAAUUUGGGGGACGGAGCCAGAGAGAUGACACUGUCCUCUGAAAGAAGACCAUUGAACGAUGUUCAUUUUGUACAUAGAAAUGCAGCAAGCACACUAUUUAUUAUUCCUUGUCGAUGUUGUCGUUCUUAUGAAGCAUGCAGAGAUGAGGGUGGCGGCCUGAGACGAUCUCAGUGAGAGUUGUGACGUGGUGUCGCCAUGACACGGCAGCACGUCGUCUCUGGUGCCGAUGAAAUAUGUAUUUAUUUUGAAAACUUGUAUUUUGUUGUUUGAUCUAUAACUCCCACAAAUAAAAAAUGUACAAACA